GUGCGCCGUGAAACCGGCGACUGCAGACACUGCCGGUCUCCGCCACCGCCACCGCCUUCGCCUUCGCCUUCGCCUCCGCCAACGCCGGACUUCGCCGCCGCAGAAAUGAAGUGGCAGGCGAGCGGUAACCUGCUGGUGGUGGGGCUGAUGCUGCACGCGGGCGCCCUGCAGGCGCGCUCCUUGACCAAGCGCUCCUUCAGCGACCAGUCCGUGCGCGGCUACCUCACCGAGCGCACCUGCUGGUGGAACGAGAUCUGCAAGGAGGAGUUCCAGACGCUGUUCCGCUGCAAGUGCCCUCUGUGGUCCUUCUGCCGGAGCCCCGGCCGCUACUACAACGCUUUCUGCACCAUGACCGGAACCGGCUACAUCUGGACUCAGCCAGAUCGGAAUUGGGGUUCCUAGUGGCGCGCCUCCCGGGGCGCCCGCGGCACCGCCUCCGCCGCCCCCGUCGCCCCCGCGGGCGGCACCGGCGCCCCGCCC